AUGGCGGACUCUCCGCCCUCGCCGGCGACCACAGAACCCAAUCCUCAACCUUCCGACCCACCCGAAAACCCGCCCUCCCAAUCCAAUCAACCCGAUCCAUCUCCGCCGCCACAAUCCUCAUCCGCUCCAUCUACCUCUCUUCUAGUAAACCCUAACCCUAACCCUAACCCUACUCCACCGCCACAAAUCAUCUAUCCCUAUGCGCUGCCGCAAGUCCCCGCCGUAGCACCGACGGCUCCGUCGUUCCGGCUGGUGCCGCCACCUGUUCCGGUCUCAUCCGCGCCGCCGCAGUUCUCGCCCCUUCCGGUUCCGAAUUUUCAUAACCCUAAUUUUCAGAGCUCUGUCGGCGUUCAGCCACCGGGUGUUUCAAUGAUGCAAACCUAUGCUCCGCCGGGUCAGCCUCCCAAUCCAGCUUUCAGGCAUUACGCUCCGAUGCCGAAUGGUUACCCAGCAAUUCCCACUCCUCAAGGGACUAUUCCUCCUCCGGGUGGGUUAUUCUGUCUCAGUCUCUGUCUCUGUCUCUCUAUUCUAUUCCGAUAUAUGUGUUUGUAUGUGUAUGAAUGUUAUCAUCUUCAUGAUCAAGUCCCUUGCUUUCAGUUUCUUGUUGAUCGAAUUGCAAUAGUUCGGUCUUAUUCUGUGAUGAAAAAUUGA